GCACGUAGAGCAGCUGGGUGGGCUCCGAAGUUGCAGCUCCUCCGGCUCCGGGACCUUAAGGGUCGCUUCGCGUGCCUUCUAUUGAAGAGCAGGAACUGACGGUUGUUUUAAGUCUCUCACUUCCAGAAAGUUUCCUGGGGACCUGUCCCGUCGGAAAGUCGAGGGGCAGUUGUCUUGGUAUUUGAAAAGGGGGUAUCCAGUGAGGCGGAGCUUGAGGGGGUGGUGUCGAGUGAUUGAUAAAGCUGUCAACCAAUAAGGCUACUAUCGCUCGCCUCAGGAAAACCACGACUCCAGCUGGAUGUGCGCAUAAUAGUGUAAUCACUCAUAAUUCUAUUUUGUUUAAUAAAAUAAUUCGUUCUUGAGACUAGACGUCUCGAAAGCGAAGACUGGCACUCCUCAGUCUACCACGGACUGCUCGCAGCCCGAUACUGAACAGAAGUACCCUUAUCAAGGAGGCGUCACCUCUGGGCAAGCCUAGCAUCAGUCCAUUGACCCCCCGACAGUCACCAUGAUAGACGUUCUCCCAGACCAACAGCUUCCUUUGGCUCGAGGCGGGUCUUACGUGGAGGGCCUAUGGAUCUACGUCGGCUCAGCCAAUAGGGUCAGGGCAGGGGGCGUGGCGGGAAGUUUGAAACUGGUAACUUCGGGAGUUGCGCCACGAGCUGUUGUGCACCCAGAGGUGGAAUUGGAGCCCGGCAUUCCUUCCUCUUCCCGGGCUGGCCCUUGCCCCUACCCUGCAACUCCUGGUUGAGAUGGGCUCAGCCAAGAGCGUCCCAGUCACACCAGCGCGGCCUCCGCCGCACAACAAGCAUCUGGCUCGAGUGGCGGACCCCCGUUCACCUAGUGCUGGCAUCCUGCGCACUCCCAUCCAGGUGGAGAGCUCUCCACAGCCAGGCCUACCAGCAGGGGAGCAACUGGAGGGUCUUAAACAUGCCCAGGACUCAGAUCCUCGCUCUCCGACUCUUGGUAUUGCUCGGACCCCUAUGAAGACCAGCAGUGGAGAGCCUGUUCUGCCCCCGGAGGCACCUUUAUCUUCUGAAUUGGACUUGCCUCUGGGUACCCAGUUAUCUGCUGAGGAACAGAUGCCACCUUGGAACCAGACUGAGUUCCCCUCCAAACAGGUGUUUUCCAAGGAGGAAGCAAGACAGCCCACAGAAACCCCUGUGGCCAGCCAGAGCUCUGACAAGCCCUCAAGGGACCCUGAGACUCCCAGAUCUUCAGGUUCUAUGCGCAAUAGAUGGAAACCAAACAGCAGCAAGGUACUAGGGAGAUCCCCCCUCACCAUCCUGCAGGAUGACAACUCCCCUGGCACCCUGACACUCCGACAGGGUAAGCGGCCUUCACCCCUAAGUGAAAAUGUUAGUGAACUAAAGGAAGGAGCCAUUCUUGGAACUGGACGACCUCUGAAAACUGGAGGACGAACAUGGGAACAAUGCCAGGACCAUGACAAGGAAAAUCAGCACUUCCCCUUGGUGGAGAGCUAGGCCUUGCAUGGCCCCAGCAAUGCAAUCACCCAGGGCCUGGUGGCGUCUGUGUCCUCUCACCCCUUCUUUCCCAGGGAUACUGAGGAAAGGCUUGUUUUCUUAGACUCCUCCUCAGAGGACUCAGAGCUUUAUUGGGCUUUCUUUGUGUCUUGUGUGUUUCUUUUAUAUUAAAGGAAGUGAUUUUAAAUGUUACUUUAAAAAGGUA